AUGGAUCCCACGAGUAAGUCCCAAUCCCCUAUCAAAAGCCCGCCUUUAGGCCCGAACCACACUCACUCCUCACACGCUAGCUUCCCCAUCAUAGCCAUAGCCAUCAUCGGCAUUCUAGCCACUGCCUUCUUACUCAUCGGCUACUACAUUUUCGUGAUCAAGUGUUGUCUGAGCUGGCACCGUAUAGACAUUUUAAGGCGCUUCUCAUUCUCCACUAGGCGCCAGCUGGCAGAGGACCCGCUGGCCGCCUUUCAUUCUCCAGCCCAGCAAAGAGGGCUCGAUGAAGCCGCUAUUCGGUCAAUUCCGAUUUUCAACUUCAAGAGACUGAAAAACGAGCUAAAAGACGAGUCCUUUGUAAAAAUGCAGUCUUUUGAAUGCGCCGUGUGUUUGAACGAAUUCCAAGAAGAAGAAAAGCUCAGAGUCAUUCCAAACUGUGCCCAUGUUUUUCACAUAGACUGUAUCGAUGUUUGGCUUCAGAACAAUGCAAACUGCCCGCUUUGCAGAACGAGUGUCUCGUCAAACGUGCAUUUGCAGUUGGCGAAUCGAGUGAUUAUUCCGAUCCCGUCUGAAGAUUAUGUGGUGAUCGAGAUUGGGCCCGAAGAGGAUUGGGUCGGCCCAUCAGUAUCGGGAAUUCAAGAAAAUUCGAACCCGGAUGAGUUUUUUUUUGCGGCCAACAUUUCAAGAAAGAAGGCUAAAAAUUUUUCGAGCAUGGGAGAUGAGUAUAUUGAUAGUAGGCAAAUAGACGAGUCGUUUAUGGUUCAGCCGAUGAGGAGGUCUUUCUCGAUGGAUUCGGGUAAGGAUAGCCAGCUUUAUUUAGCUGUUCAGGAAAUAAUACAGAGGCAUAAGGAAGUAAAUAGUAAUUAUAAUGAUGAUGAUGAUGAUGAUGAUGAUGAUGAUGAUGAUGUAAUAAUUAGUCCAAACGAAGGGUGCAGCAGAAUUAGAAGACCGUUUUUGAUGUUUGGGCAAGGGAAGGGUUCUUCGAGAAGUGCAGUUCAGCCAGUUGAGUUAGAUUAG